UAUAUACACACACACACACGCACACAUAAAGAAGAGAGAAUUUUGCGUUAAUGUAUUGGAAUGGGAAACGAGUAAAAAUAUUCAUCAUUUUCUUGGCUCUCGUUAUAUUAUAAUAGAUGUUAUAGGGCAUGAUUGAUCAGUUCUUAAACGUAUCGAAUAACGUGUAGUGAGAGUGUUAUUAAUUCACCUCUUUCAACGAGUAACUGUUUGUGAUAGUGGUGGUACCGGUGACAGUCGACUCUCGAUAACUUGAGAGAUUAAUGAGAUCAUCUGGAGAAAUCGAUGUCAUACGAGAAUUUCAUCUUUCUCUCUCUUCGGCGUUUACUCAGAAUAUUAUUUCUUGAUGUAUAAUCGAAUAUAGCGAAUGUGGGGUUAUCCUAAGAGAUCUUCGUUAAAUUCGAAGAAAGAGCUAGAAGCUAAAGAUUCUAAUCAGGAAAUAGUCAUCGUUGAAGAGGAUCGCUCGAUGAUUGGUUUGCCUUGUCAAGAAAGAAGAUAUGAGACAUACGAGGAGGUUCAAGAGAAUGAACGUUCGUGCGAAGAUCAGAGAUUCGAAAGAAAAGAGAACGUGGUGGAACAAAGGGAAAGGGAAAUUUUAAGGGUUAAGAGUUUGGAAAUGCCGAUACCACCGGCAUUAGCUUUCAAUUGGAAGAACAAGUGGGAGUGUGAGCCCAAUUCGAAGGACAUCUGAUUGUUCAGUGAAAGAAGCGCGAUCUUAACAACAGUAUAAUGACGUGGAAAGCAAAGUGGUCGUGCUUCGCUGAGUGCUUUUGUCGAAGACCUGGUAUAGUUUUACUCCUUCUUCCGUGUCUUGUCAUUGCGACAUUAUAUUUUGUUUCCGAAGAAAACAUCGACUAUACGAAUUUGCAAUAUUCGUCCUACAGAUUCUACAACGAUACGAACGGUACGAUGGACGGUUUUCUUGUGUGGAAUUCAAAAUGUCAUAUGCUAUCGAAGGAUGCCUUAGAUCCGUCGAUCAUACAGUUUGUGAAAAGGGAAAAGUUCGAGAAAUGUUUUAAGGAAAACCUUUACACGCGAAUAUCGAAAGGGGCAAACGAUACCGUGACCCUUCUCCUCGAUCCAAAAGUCGUGGCUGCUUAUAAAAAUAUGUUUUGUUGUUGGUCGCCGGUAAUUAGACCAAACUUUGAUAAUCCGAGAAAGCACAAAUUCGAUUCUACGAUAACAGUGAAACAAUGUGAAAGUUUGAAAACGCAAGCGACGAUACCGGAUGACGUGGAAGUUGUCUUGGUCAGCUGUAAAAAUAAAUCAAAGAAGAAAAAGACACAAAAGAUAUAUGAAAAUGUCCAUGCCAUUUUGAAUCCACGUAAGGUCUAUGAUCGUUUGGAGAACGGCACGAAUAACAAUGCGACGUAUAGUCUCUCGAGAAAACUCAGUAUUCUCGUUCUUGGUAUCGAUAGCGUGAGUCGAUUGAAUUUUCAAAGAAGUAUGCCAAAGACUGAAAAGUAUCUUCGCGAGACCGGUUGGAUCGGCUUGAAGGGAUACAACAAGAUGGGCGACAACACUUUUCCAAACUUGAUGGCAAUUUUAACCGGUCAGAAUCAAGAACAGGCGUACUCGAGAUGUAAACCUUCGGAAGCUUAUAAACUUGAUCGUUGUCCUUUCCUCUGGUAUAAUUUCCGCAAUGCAGGAUACAUCACGGCAUACGGCGAGGACGAGACUGCCUUGAAUACAUUUAACUAUCUAAAAGUAGGUUUCGUGCAACCACCAACCGACUAUUACCUACGGCCUUACAUGUUGGCAAGCGAAAAGCUUCUUAAAUCUAAGAAUAGAUUUAAUCUCAAAUAUUGCACUGGCCCCGAAACGAGCUUUGAUAGGAUCUUUGAUUAUGCUAUGAACUUUGCUCAAACGUUCAUGAACGUACCAUAUUUUGGAUUUUUUUGGACUAAUUCGAUAAGCCACGAGAACGUGAAUGGACCAUCCUUGAUGGAUUCCGAAAUGUUUCGAAAACUGCAAAUUCUCAAAAAGGAAGGCGUUCUUAACGACACGAUGAUCGUGUUUUUGAGUGAUCACGGCAUGCGUUGGGGUAACAUUAGAGAAACGUUCGUUGGUUGGUACGAGGAAAGAUUACCUUUCAUCUAUAUAUGGCUACCAGAUUGGUUUCGUAAUGAAAAUCCGGAUGCUUAUCAGGCUCUGAAAUUAAAUGAAAAUCGUCUGACUUCUCCGUUCGAUCUCUACGAAACAUUCAGGGAUAUUUUGCUGGCAGCUGGCGGAGAUGCCGAUGUUUCUCCAGGUUGUCCAAGCUGUUACAGUCUGUUCGAGCCAGUCCCAAAAGAAAGGUCGUGUCAAGAUGCUUCGGUCGCACCUCAUUGGUGUGCCUGUACAGCUUUUAGGACAGUUAGUACAAAUGAAAAAAUCGUGAUCGGUGGUGUGAACAGUUUUUUAAAUCAUAUCGAAAAUAUCGUGAAGGAUUACAAGAAUAAGAAGGGUAAAAGAUUGUGCGCGAAACUCCAGCUGAAGAAAAUAUAUCGGGCCGAUCAGAUAUUACAUUUCAAUGAUAAAAAUUCAACGAGCAUAGAAUAUUUCUGUAUGAUUCAGGUGACCCCAGGAAAUGGUAAAUUCGAGUUCACCGUACGAUAUAAUAGCGACGCUAGUUAUACCGUGUCGGAUCAUGAAGUGAGUAGGAUUAAUCCUUAUGCUACGAGUGCCAAGUGUUUGAAUCACGGUAUGAAACAAUAUUGCUAUUGUAUCAAUUAGUAUCAAAAAUUUCGAUUGCAAUUUUUACUAAUAUUGUACAUACAUACAUACAUACAUACAUACAUACAUACAUACGCGUGCCGUCUUAAGCCGAUCUCCAAUAUUUAGAAACGUUAGUGAACAUUAACGUAACAGUUACGUAAAGACUCAGGAAUAUAUGGAGGUCAUAGAUUAUUAAAGAAUUAUCGCAUGGCAAUUGGGCAAGAUAUACAUUCACCAAGUUUGCAAAAUAUUAUAAAAGAAAUAAUUGAGUUACGUUAGAUGAGCCAAUACAACGAAAUAUGAUAUUAUAAAAUGCAAUGACUUUAAGUCCGAUAUAUUCAAGUUAAACGGCAUGAAUAAUUUUAAUUAUUUAGAGAAGAUAAAUAAAACAAUCGUAAGGCUUAGUAAAUGAUCAUCGAGGAACUCGUGCUAAAAUAUUAUCGACAUUUGCAAAUUCGAGGAGGUUUUAAUUCUUUUCUAUUAUCUUUUACGCUUUUCGAUAUUCUCCCUCUAUCUUCCUCUGAUAUGAAGCUUACAAUUGUAAAUAGUAUCGAUCAAUUUGUUAUAUUCCAAUGGCUAUGCGAUAUAAAUAAAAGAAAAAUGGUAUAUCUUAUGAUUCGUAAAAUUUGUCGAAUGAAAAAAAUCUUCAGGACCAAUAUCUUCACAAUGAUCACAUUAAUAAGUUUCUUUUUCUUUCGUCUUUGAUGAAAUGAGAUUACUUACUAUUCAUAAAAUGCAGCUUAGUCAUUGAAUGACAAAUUAAUUCUUUUUGUGUUCUCUGUUUUUAUUUUCAAUAAUAUAUUAUAAAUCAUGUCGGAAGCUUCUGAUACGAUAGCAUUAUCAUGCAGUAUCAAUAUUGUCACAGAGCGAUAGCGUCGUCGGUAAAUCAAUGCGAAUAAUUAAUGAUUUAAGAAGGCUUUGUAUCGUGAAUGCGCUAUCUAAAUAUGCUACAUAUCUUAAUAAAAAGAGAAGUUAAUACGAAAGACGUGUGUCUUACCAUGUGUAUCCGCGCGCGAGGUUGUAUGUGUGUGUAAAUUUGAAAAAAGUUUUAUAAGUCAGGACAGUUUCCAUUUGAAAAGUAUAAAGCUUUGUACGAUUCUACAUAUCACGUCUCGUAGCUGCUGAGCUGUGAUUAAAAACAUAUUAUAUUAUA